AUGAACAUUAGAAUGAUUAUAAUUUUCUAUGCUUAUCAUAUACUUAUACAUGUUCCACAAGUUUCUCUAGCAUUUGAAUCAAUAUCUCAGUCCAUUUCCCUCGUAGAUGAUGGAAACACCUUAGUUUCCAAAGGUGGAACCUAUGAACUUGGAUUCUUCACCCCAGGAAAUUCCAAUAAACGAUACCUUGGAAUUUGGUACAAGAAAAUUCCAAUUCAAACAGUGGUUUGGGUUGCAAAUAGGCUCAAUCCAAUCAAUGAUUCAUCUGGAACAUUAACCUUAAACAAUGGCAACCUUGUUUUAACUCAGAAUAAUGAAACUGUUGUUUGGUCUACAACAUCAAAUUCUUACAAUAAGCCAGAGAAUCCAGUGGCACUUCUUUUAGAUUCGGGUAAUCUUGUGAUACUAGAUGAGAAAGAAGAAAACAAAGAACUGUACUUGUGGCAAAGUUUUGAUUAUCCAACAGACACUUUCUUACCAGAAAUGAAGUUUGGUUUGGAUUUUCGAACCGGUAUAAAUCGCCGUUUAACAGCUUGGAAGAGUCCUGAUGAUCCAUCCCCUAGUGAUUUUUCUUUUGGUAUGGUUCCACAUAACUAUCCUGAUGCAUAUAUGAUGAAGGGUGAUAAGAUAUUCUACAGAAGUGGACCAUGGAAUGGUUUGCAUUCAAGUGGUUCACCACAAGUUAAGCCAAAUCCAAUUUAUGAUUACAGGUUUGUUUACAAUAAGGAUGAACUUUACUAUACUUACAGCCUCAAAAACUCGUCUGCAAUAACGCGGUUAGUUUUGAAUGCAACCGCGUAUGUUCGUUAUCGUUACAUAUGGAUCGAAUCAGCGAAAAGGUGGGAAAUCUACACAUCGGUGCCAUUGGAUUUAUGCGAUAGUUAUAAACUUUGUGGAGCUUAUUCAAGCUGUGUUAUUUCUGAUUCGCCCGUGUGUCAAUGCAUGGAAGGUUUUAAGCCCAAGUCUCUGCAAGCGUGGUAUUCGAUGGAUUGGUCUAAGGGAUGUGUCCGAAAUAAGGCGUUACGUUGCGAGGACAAUAAAAAAGAUGGAUUUGUGAAAAUGAGUGGUGUGAAAGUGCCUGACACUACAUAUAGUUGGUUGGAUCAAACACUUGGUUUGGAGGAAUGUAGAGUUAAGUGUUUGGAGAAUUGUUCUUGUAUGGCUUAUGCAAAUUCUGAUGUAAGAGGAGAAGGAAGUGGAUGUGCUUUGUGGUUUGGUGAUUUGAUUGACAUUAGACAGUUUGCAGCUGGAGGGCAAGACUUAUAUGUUAGAAUGGAUGCUUCAGAGUUAGGACAUGUCAAUGAGGGUCACAAGAAGAAAGGUGUGUUAGUGGCAGUAACAGUUUCUCUUGUCAUGGCAAUGCUUUCUGGUAUACUUAUGCUUGGUUGGUGUUAUAGACAUAAAUCACAAAACAAUGUAAAAGAUAAGUCAGAUUUCAGUAUCAAAGGUCAUCUAAAGAGUGGAAUUCAAGUGGAUGAUGGAGAUCUACCGGUCUUUAACUUGUCAACAAUAGCAAAAGCCACUAACAACUUUACAUUCAGCAACAAAAUUGGAGAAGGUGGAUUUGGACCUGUAUAUAGGGGGAUUCUAAUAGAUGGAGUGGAAAUUGCUGUGAAAAGGCUUUCGAAAAACUCAGGCCAAGGAUUGAAUGAGUUUAAAAACGAAGUGAAAUUGAUAGCGAAACUUCAACACCGGAAUCUUGUAAAGCUUCUUGGUUGUUGCCUUGAUGAAGAAGAAAUAAUACUGGUUUAUGAAUACAUGCCUAAUAGUAGCUUGGACUCAUUCAUUUUUGCAGAUAAGCUGAAAAGUGAAUUACUAAAUUGGUCAAAGCGUUUCGACAUUAUAUGUGGUAUUGCAAGAGGACUUGUGUAUCUUCAUCAGGAUUCGAGACUAAGAAUUAUACACAGAGAUCUAAAAGCUAGUAAUGUUUUACUAGAUAAGGAAUUGAAUCCUAAAAUUUCAGAUUUUGGCAUGGCUCGUAUUUUUGGAGGAGAUCAGAAUGAAGAAAACACAAGGAGAAUAGUCGGAACAUAUGGUUACAUGGCACCAGAAUAUGCUAUUGGCGGUUUAUUUUCAGUGAAAUCAGAUGUAUUCAGCUUCGGUGUUUUGUUAAUGGAAAUUAUAUCAGGGAAAAGAAGUAGAGGAUACUAUAAUCAAAACCAAAGCCAUAAUCUCAUAAGCUAUGCAUGGAAAUUGUGGAAAGAAGGAAGACCAAUAAAAUUGAUUGACAAGAGCAUAGGAGAAACUUGUUUUAUAUCACAAAUAUUGCAUUGUAUUCAUGUUAGUCUCUUGUGUGUUCAACAGAAUCCAGAGGAUAGGCCUAUAAUGUCAUGUGUGAUCCUAAUGUUGGUAAGUGAGUUUGAAUUGGCUGAACCUAAACAGCCAGGAUUCUUUAUGAAAGAUUCAAGUGAAGCAGACUCCUCCACAAAUAAACAGAUGUUGAGUUCUACAAAUGAAGUAACCAUGACACUAUUGGAAGCUAGAUGA